UUUCUCUCAUCCCAUCAGACAACCAAAACAUCCACAACAUCAUCCAUGGCGUUCUCCAAGAGUAGUAGUCUAGCUGCCUUUGCUGCUGUGGCCAUGGCACUGGCCGUUGUUGCAACCACCGCCUCAGCCCAGAACACGCCGCAGGAGUUCGUCAACCUGCACAACCGGGCGCGCGCCGCCGACCGUGUCGGCCCGGUGACGUGGGAUGCCAAGGUGGCCAGGUACGCGCAGGACUACGCCGCCAGGCGUGCCGGGGACUGCAAGCUCGUGCACUCCAGCGGGCCAUUCGGGGAGAACCUCUUCUGGGGCUCCGCGGGGCGGGCGUGGAGCGCCGCCGACGCGCUCAGGUCAUGGGUGGACGAGAAGAAGAACUACCACCUCGACACCAACACCUGCGACGCCGGCAAGGUGUGCGGGCACUACACGCAGGUGGUGUGGCGCAAGUCCACCCGCAUCGGCUGCGCGCGCGUCGUCUGCGCCGCCAACCGCGGCGUGUUCAUCAUCUGCAGCUACGACCCCCCUGGCAACUUCAACGGCGAGAGGCCGUUCCUCGCGCUUGACGCGGCUGCUAAGUAGGGGGCGCGUGCGCCGCACGAGAGUUCGUUCCAGCAGUGUCUCCAUGCACGCAGUAUUCCUACAAAAUAAUAAGCACGCAUAUGUGCAUGUGUAUCUUUGUUGUAUGUGGCCAAAUUUGUGAUGCUUGUGUAAGAUACGAAAUAAUUAAUUAAUGGUUAAUUUACAAACCACAACGCAACUUA